AUGGGUGGGGCUGGUAGACAGAAAGAGAGCAGAGAGCAGCCGACUGUCAGCAUGAACCCACUUCUCAUCAAUAAUUCUGAUAAGCAUGAGCACCAUAAGAAUCAAUUUCUGGAUUACCCCAAUGAGACCACUCUAUUCUGCAGUCAGUUUAAAGACGAUCAGUGGUACUGCUCCAUCCUGCUGGUCCUGUUUGUUUUCGGUCUGCCAGUGGGGGUGCUCGGAAAUAUCGUGGCCAUUUUAAACUACACCUGUUGUCGACACUCAUGGACCACAGGAACUGUGUUCCUGUUAAACCUGGCGCUGUGUGACAUCACCUGGCUCCUUUUUCUGCCAUUUACACUUUAUUUCAGCCUGCAUCAGCCACAUUUACCUGAUAUCAACAUGUUCUGCCAAUUCAAGAAAGUCUUUUUUAAUAUCAAUGUGUACGGCAGCAUCCUUUUCUUAGCCCUGAUAAGUUUUGAUCGUUACACUGGAACAGUGCACCCGAUCAGCUCGCUGCGCUGGUGGGAUGGUAAAAAGGCCUGCCUUUGCUCCAUUUUCACCUGGAUCAUCCUUGUUUUGGCUUCCAUUCCGGAUUUCUUUAUGACUUUUGCUUUUACUCGCCCUGGCAACAUCACAGUCUGUAUGGACCACAUCCACGGACCAUUCAGUUAUGUUGCGACGAUCUCGGUUUUGCGGGCUUUGUUGGGGUUUUUGCUUCCACUCAGCAUAAUGGGUGCCAUUUACGCCCGUAUGGUGAAGGUGUUGAAGAGUAUGCCAGGAAAGAAAAAUAUCAGAGGGAAGAGAUUUGCUCCUCGCAGAACUGGAAAGCCUCUGAUUCUCAUCACUGCAGCUGUUCUUGUCUUCUUGGUGUCUUAUGCUCCUUACCACAUUAUGAUAGUAACUUUAGUGUUUAUGAGAUUUAUUGGCAAAGUGACGGUUAAAAACGUGAACACACUCUACACAGCUUAUGAGUUUCUAGAAGCCAUGUGCAGUAUAAGUAGCUGCCUGGACCCUUUGCUGUACAUUUUGGCCAGUCAGCACUUUCAACAAAGAUGGAGGAAGCUAAAGAGGAGCUUGUGCUGCAGAAACAACAGAAGGGUGGGGAUCCAGAAUCCAGCUUGAGUAAAUAAAACAGCUCUUCCUUUUAAAUCAGGGUAGCAGUAAAGAGUGCAUCAA